CACGAGCCAGAAGAGAUAGAAGGGUGGUAGAUUUUAACAACUGUCAAGGAAAAGAGUCUGAAGCAGAGAGAGAGAGAUAGAGAGAAGGUGGUAGUUGUCACAUGAUUUCCAACAGUACAAAAGGGACCAGCAGCGUCUGCAUCCAUUAUUUGAACACAACACAUGAUCUUUAGACUUCGAAGAGAAAGACAUCAUCUUCUUAGAUGCUCUUGUCCUCCAGUCGCUGCAGCUUGUUGAAGAUUUCAUAAUCACUUGCCAACUUCUGCCCCAAAGAUAAUUUUUUCAUUUUCUUUUCUUCUAGAGCGUUUUAUCUAACCAUGCAACAUGCGUUUUGUGUAUGAUGAGUGAGACUGUACUUUGAAAAUCUCUGAUGUACUCAUCAUUUGUGUGAUCAUAUAUCUUGCUGUUAUAUACAAAGGUUGUGUGUGUUGGACACCUUGUUCUUAUGCUUAUCCUGUCCAUUUCAUCAAAAAACAUACAUACUUAGUUGACAACUAAGAAUUUGCAUUGGUUUAUGAACUUGUUAUUUUUUAAAUUAUCCGAACUUUCUUUUUCUGUUUGCCAUGAACCUACUGGAUGGAACCUGGUGUUAUCAGUAUAGUUAAAUGAAAAAUCACUUCUCAUUCAGUUUAUUGACUUAAAAAGUUAAACGAAACCUAGACGAAUUCGUCUUCCCCCACAAUUUUCACCAGUCUUAUUGUUUGGAUUUCUUCUUCAAGCCUUGAUUUAAUUUCUAACCCCCCUUCUACACGAGUCUUGAGUAUUCCAUAACUUGGUGAACUUUUUAUUUUCAUAUAAAAGGCGCUUACAAGAUAAAUAUGUUCGUUCAUCUGAACCUGGCAUUAAUUAGAUUUCUUUUUCACCUCUUACGCGGUAGAGAAGUUUGGUUGCAUUAUUUACUAGAGUCCUGAUUUUCGAACCACUUCCACUUAAUCAACAGUAAAUUAUAUACAUGUGCAUCCAUAUACACAUGCAUGUAUAAUAUUUGUCUAAUGGGGAUCCAUCCAGUAUAAUAAAUGUUUUUUGCCAUAAAUUUCUCACUUUAGUUACUUUACCAUAAAUUCAUAGCAUUUCCGUGCAGUUACUUGAACAGAUUUAAAGCAUAGUAAUUGUUCGUUGAGAAAUUACAGCCUGUCCUCACAGGCUCACACAUUCUUGUUCACGUUACUUUAAUAUGCUGCACAUUAAAAUACUUCCUGUUUGUUUCAGACCUGAAAUUCCAACUUUGUAAAGGACGAAAAAAGUCGAUUGGUUGGAGGCAAAAACCCGUGCAACCACAAGUAAACAUGUCAGAAGGACAUGAGAUUCAUAACAAUGAGGAAACUUCAUCGGGAUGUUCCCAGAAAUGCUCUACAUUUGACUUGAAUGCAGAAGCUUGCAGUGACGAUAACACUAAUGGUAAUGCAGAAGAGGGGUAUGAGUUCACAACUAACGACAAUAAUAUUGAGAAAGUAAAGGAGGAGGGAACUUCAGGAAAUGGAAGUAGCAUUUCAAGAGAAGGCAAUGACAGAAGAGGAACGGUGAGACAAUAUGUUAGAUCCAAGAUGCCUCGGCUUCGGUGGACUCCUGAACUUCAUCAUUCAUUUGUGCAUGUUGUUGAAAGACUUGGUGGUCAAGACAGAGCAACACCCAAGUUGGUGCUUCAGCUAAUGAAUGUUCAAGGACUCAGCAUUGCUCACGUCAAGAGCCACUUGCAGAUGUAUCGAAGCAAGAAACUUGACGAGGUUGGGCAAGUACUAAGUCAAACCUAUAGGUGGAACCAAAACCAAAAGUUACGUAGGUCUGUGAUACUCCAUGAGUCCAUGAGUCCUCAACAACAUCUUAAGAUGGGGAAUGGUGGAAUCAUUCUGGCAACUCAAUUCAACAAACAUUAUCAUUUCCCAAGUCACACUGAUUCAAGGCAGCAACAAUGGUACAUCAAUCAUCAACCUUUUAUAAAAUCAAUAGGUUGUGGCCAAAUUCAGCCAAAGGAUACAACUACGAGACCAAGCAAAUUGCUUGAAGAAAAAAGCUGGCUUCCGUUAGAAAUUAUAAACAAUCAUCAAUCCAAGUUCCAGAAGUUACCUGCCAUUGUAGCUCCUAAAAAUGGAUCACAAGCAGUUCAGCCAGAUGAAUGGAGCUUCGUGAACAACACAAGCGUCACAGAAUAUUUAUCUAACAAAUCCAAUGAACCUCGCAAUUAUUCCAACAGUUUAAAGCUAGAAUUUGAUCCACCAUUUCGGAUUAAGAAAGACGAGCAAGAAUUACCGAAUUUGCAACUGGGUUUGAGUUACUCAGUUGCAAGCGAUGGUGGCAAGGUGGAUCAUUACAGAGAAACCCAAGAAAUCAGCACUAAGCUUUCACUUUCUUAAUGUUAAUAACCCAGAUAUUAUAGCUAAUUAUAUAAAUAGAGAUCAUAUAUCCAAAAAAGAAGAAUAGAUUCACAAGAUCGAUCAAUGUCUGUACAAGACAUAUACAUGCUGGAGCUUUUUAAUUUGAAUCUACAUUGGAUUUGAUUGUAAAAGGAAUUGUUUCAGGAUUGACACUGAGUUAGUAUUAUCCAUUUUUGUGUGCAAAUGAUUGCUUAGAUGUGAAGCUACAAGAAAAAAUGAUGGAACAAACAGUGAGAAUAUGGAGAUCUUGCUUUGCAGCUUCAUACUUCACUUUGCA